CUCUUAUUAGAACUCCAUUCUUUCUGGGUUUUCAAAACCCAACCAUAAUUCCCAAUCUGAUUUCUUGACUGGUUCUUCCUGAAUUUCUGGAAAUUACAGCAAGAUGGUGGUGAAGAUGAUGAAGUGGAGGAGCCCAUGGCCGCCUCCUUUGCCUUCUUCCAAGAAAUUGGAGGCCAAGAUUGGGGUUCUCUGCAUCAAUGGUCUUUUUGGUGCUGAUUCGUCUUCUCAAGGAUUUGAUCAGGAUUUUGGGAGUCUGGGGGUUGAGAUCAGGUGGAAGGGGGCGGCGGCGGAGAAGGGGAAGAUGAUGAAGAGGCUGAGAAGGGGGGGCGUGAGGAGGGAUUUCACAAAGGAGGGCAUUUUCGUCAAUGGCUCUGGGGCUGUUGUGUGGGAUGAGCAGUUUAUGUGCGAAUGCAACUUCUCCCCUGCCAAAGAUGACAACUUUCUCCCUUGGGAUGUCUCUUUUUCUCUCUUCAAUGUGGUUUUGAGCAAGGGAAAUACGAAGAAGGCGUCUACCCUCGCCACCGGAUGGUUAAAUCUUUCAGACUAUGUUAUAGCAGCUAAAGAAAAAGAUGUUCAGAUCAGCAUUCCACUUGCAAUCUCCCAUUCCCACAGUCCAAACACUCCCUUACUCUCACUUUGUUUGUCCCUUAGCCUUGCUGAGCUGCGAAACGAAGAUUCUCCUUCGAGGGUAGGCGUGGGAAAAGUUGGAAUCUUUAAGGCAUUUUCCCCUCGAAGAGGCAGUAAGAGUGAAGACGAGGGUAGUAAGUGUUCAAUCCAGAGUAGUGAGGAUACCGAAUGCAACUACGUAGAAGACGCAGACUCAGAAGGAGAAGGGGGGAUGGAGGAAGGAAAGGACGGCGAGGGCAAUUAUGAGAUUUUGGGUUGCGCAAAAUCUCAUUGCGUUCGCGAAAGUGAGGACGACCGGGUUUACUACAGCCAUCCGAAACCAGAUGCCGGGUGCCCAGUUUACGUUGAGGACACAAACGGUCCCAUGCUGGACAACAAGUCUAUCCAGCAGAGACCCAAACGCGGGAUUCUUCUUCCUUGGGGGAAGAGGAAAUUCAGCUUCAGAUCUUCCCCUAAAAGGAAAGGCGAACCGUUAUUGAAGAAACACUAUGGAGAGGAAGGGGGUGAUGACAUCGACUUUGAUCGUCGCCAGCUUAGCUCUUCGGAUGAAUCCUCUUAUGGGUGGAGGUCUGAGGACAGUACAACCAGAAGUCGUUCUUCAGUGUCCGAAUUCGGAGAGGACAGCUUUGAGGUGGGCAGCUGGGAGGUCAAAGAGGUAAUAAGCCGCGACGGGGAAAUGAAGCUCAGGACCCAGACGUUCUUUGCCUCAAUCGACCAACGCAGCGAGAGGGCAGCAGGGGAAGGCGCGUGCGCCUCCCUGGUUGUCGCGAUCGCCAAUUGGUUCCACUCAAACCCGGACCAGAUGCCCGUCAAGUCCCAACUGGACACUCUGAUCCAUGAAGGCUCCAUGGAGUGGAGGAGCAUGUGCGAGGACGAGACCUACCGGGAGCGCUUCCCGGACAAGCACUUCGAUCUCGACACGGUCCUGCACGCUGACAUCACCCAACCCCUCGCGGUGGUCCCGCACAAGUCAUUCGUCGGGUUCUUCCUUCUAGAAGAAGGUGAAGACGAAGAAGGUGGGUUUGACGAAUUCCUGAGAGGGGCAAUGUCUUUCGACAACAUUUGGGACGAGAUUUCCAAAGGGAGCGGCGAGGGUGUGUACAUUGUGAGUUGGAACGACCAUUUCUUCGUGCUCAAAGUUGAGAGGAACGCGUACUACGUUGUGGACACGUUGGGGGAGAGGCUUUACGAGGGGUGCGACCGGGCGUUUAUCCUCAAGUUUGACAAGGACACCAGUAUCGUGUCGCGUGGAGGGGAUAAAGAAGAAGGAGAAGAAGAAGAGAGGGUGUGGAGAGGGAAAGAGGCGUGCAAGGAGUACAUAAAGAGUUUUCUGGCAGGGAUUCCGGUGAGGGAAGUGCAAGUGGAAGUGAAGAAGAAGAUGAAGACGAAGAAGAAGGAGAAGGAGAAGAAGAAGAGGAGGAAGAAGAAGGAGGAGGAGGAGGGUCACGUGAUGGGGCCUAUGAUGUCGUCCCUUCUUCAUCAACGGCUUCAGAUCGAGUUCCAUUAUACCCAGCAAGUGGUGCCUGCCUGAGACAGGGGAUAUAACCAAUUAGCCAGCUGAUGAUAGUCUCUCUUUAAUUUAAGCACAUAUUAAUUAAUUAAUUAAUCAAUGGGGAGGCCGGGA